AUGCCUAUGAAGCUGCCCAAAAGCUUUACGAGGCGGAAAUCGUCCGGCAACGUUUUAGACGACGUGGAAACCCCUCACCAACCCUCCUUUCGAGUCUUCGAGCGCCCAGGGCCUCAUCGAUCCAUGACAGAUGGAGCGGCGUUGACCAAGCCGCUGAGUGAGGGCCAUACGGUGCCGUCGAUGAUGGAGGAUUCUGAUAACAUUUUUGCGGAGAGAGAACGACCCCUGGACAAGAGCCGGUACGAUCGCCCAUCGACCAUGGAUUCUCUCAGGAGACGACUGACUGGGAACCGUGAUAGCGGUAACUACGAAAGUUCUACGUCAACCAGGCUAAGCUCGUCAUCCACCCUCCCAUCAUCGACCGAAGUCCCGCCGCCCGACGAGACCCAAUCCCCGCAUUCCAGGAUCCAUGAUGUACCAGCUCCGCCACCGCUCACGAGUGCACUGCGCGCAGCAGGACGAACUUUCUCGUUCGGUGGUCGAUUCAGCAAGUCGGGACCGCAGGUACCUCGGCAACAAACACCAGAUGCCGCGAAGAAUCGCCCGGUGACGGGCAGCACUGACAGCACCGCCACUCCACCCAAGCUGCCCGAUACAGACUUCGCUCUCAGCUCGCAAGACGAUUUUAACAAGAUGUUUGAGAAUAUGGAUGCGCGAGAGGGUUCAGCAAUACGGGAGUCAUCCCCUAGACCGGGCAAGUACUCCUCGUCUCCGCCGACGCAUGUUCUGCCCGAGUUCCAAAAAAGCAGGGCUGCGGCACCCGCCGCGAUUAACACAGAUCGAUCCACUGCUGUCGAGUCACCCCUUACUCAUGGGAUCGUCGCCCGUCCGAAGAGGAGCCAGUCAACCCUCGAUACCGUUGUUGGUUUCCGGAAGCUUUCACCGUCUCCCAAUCAGUUUGCUGAGGCCACUACUUCACAUCGUUCCUUGGAGCGCCCGCGGGGAACUGAGAGAGGAGGACUGCGCAGGAGGGAAUCCGCACCUUUUGACGACGAAGAUGCCAAAAUGGUCCGACAAUCUAUCCUGUGGAGCAAAGAAGGCACUUCGCCGUGGGCUGAGGGUAGCUCCUCUGGUGGAACACCCUUGAUUGAUAAGGGCAAAGCACCCAAUUACUCUGGCCAAGUUAGCCCAGAAACUGAUAAUAUGUUCCAAUCCCGCGGUUCGCCCGCUCCGGCCGACAGAUUGGAUCCCUCCAUUGCGGAUCAUGCGCGUUUGGCUGUGCAGUACGCAGAUGCUCUCCCCAAGUCAACUUCUCCGGGUAACAAGGUGAUGACUCCAUCUCAGUUCGAGCACUAUCGCCAGCAACAGGAGCUUCGACGUUCCAAUAGCGAUGCGACUAAGAGCGAUGAAGAGUCUGAUCAUGAGGAGUUUGACGACGAAGAAGAUGAGGUGGAGAAACAACGUGAGACGGAACGCCAACGACGAAAGCAGGAGGCUCAUCUCUCUGUGUAUCGCCAGCAGAUGAUGAAGAUCACUGGCCAGCAAGCACCUGUGCAAUCGCUACGUCCGGUCAUGAGCGGAGCUAGCAAUAGCACGCCCAAUUUGCACCCCAGUCGCGUGUCUGUACUAGGCGAGAAGUCCACCAGUGGAAAGAGCAGCGAGGAAGAGGAUGACGAUGUACCGCUUGGAAUUCUGGCCGCACACGGCUUCCCCAGUCAGAACCGCCCACCAACCCGCCUGAACAAUGUCAGCUCCAACCCUAACCUUCGCGCAUCCAUGCAACCGCCGUAUAUAUCAUCUUCCAGCUCUGUUUCGGGGGCCGACCCCAACGGCAGCCGAGGCGGUCUGCCACCUUUUGCGAGGAACUUGCCGCGAGAUCCUUACUUCGGUGCAGGUCUGGUUAACAACUCCAACCGUGAAUCGUUGGCGUUCGGAGGUGGUUCGGUAUAUGGAGGAUCUUCGUCCCCAGCACCUCCUUCCGGGGGUCUUGUUGGUGUUAUAGCAAAUGAGGAGCGGGCGCGGGCGAUGCGCAGAGGAAGCCCGAACACACAAGCCAUGCACGAAAUGGGAGGAGUGCCUCGACCAUACUCCAUGAUGCCGCCGCCGCAGCAAAACGUUAGCGCUGGGGAACAAGCUUCCAUCCAGCUCUCGCAGCAGAUGGCCACCAUGAUGCAGAUGCAAAUGCAGUGGAUGCAGCAAAUGAUGCAAAUGCAAGGUGGGCAGGGUCAGCCUAUGAUGCAAGGCAUGCCAAUGCCUCCUAUGAUGAUGCCUGGUGGCGGGAUGGCCAUGCCUCCCAUGGGCCCUCCUUCUAUAGCAGGACCCCCAUCCAUGACUGGCAAUCCGAACUUGCGGCCUAUGUCCAUGCCUGCAUCAUCCGUUCUCAAUGUUCCGCCCUCGCUUCCACCCCACAUCGACCAGCGUACGAUGAGCAUGCUUGACCCCAACAUUUCUCGAGGGACUGGCUCGCCCAUGCCGAAUCUCUCUGGCAACCCAUUCCGUCCCAGUACCGGAUAUGCCCCGUCAAUUGCUCCGUCGGAGCGCAGCACCGCGGGAAUGGCGUCUCGUUACCGGCCAGUGUCAGUCAUGCAGCCCGAAUCGAAUUACGCAGUGGCAUCCUCGACAAACAAGCCCUUCAGUGACGAAAACCACAACCCGAUGGCUCAGUCGCACAUUCCGAAAUCGCAUCUCGCCACUGUGACCGUCCGCCCCGUUUCACGGAGCACCGGCACUGCAAAUCGAAAGCCCGGCUCCGACGAUGAAGAGGAUGACGACGAGGCCUGGGCUGACAUGGUGAAGAAACGCGAGAAGAAGAAGAGCAGCUGGAAGAUGAAGCGAGGGACGUCUUCGUUCGGAGAUCUGCUGAGCGCUGUGCACUAA